AUGGGUUUUCGCAGUGGCUUCGUUAUAUCAUCCACCUCGUUCCUGUUCGGCGUAAUCUUUAUCGCAUCGAUCUACGAUUUCCCUCUACUCUACUUCUCCAAUCUGGCCGACAGCUCUGUCGAAGCAGCGGAGCGUUUCUACCUCUCGCUCUACCACGCACCUCUCGCCGUCUCCGCACUGCUGCACGGCAUGAUGGGACUCGGUGUCAUCGGACUUAUUGCCAAGCUGCACCGAUGGAACGAGAUGGCCAAGUACUUUGACGGUGGCUCCCUCGCGUUGUUUGUCGGUGCCAUCUGCAUGUAUCUCGGCGUAUCCGUGCCCAAUCUGCGCCUCAUCGCGGACCCGACAAACGAGAAGCUCGUGUGGAACUCGGCCAUCGCUACCCAGCGCCAGUCGCAGUUGGAGGCCUACAAUAAGGGUGAAAGCACCUUCAAGCCGCCCGAGGGCGCCAUGACCCAGGAUGAGAGGGUUGCCGCCAUCCGCAUCAUCAGCGCUAGCAACACUAUCUGCAUUGUCCUGCUCACAGGUGUUCUUGUCCUGCAGAUCAGCGAAUGGUAUCUGGAGAGACAGGAGGCUAUUGACGCGGAAAAGAGGCGCAAGCAGCAGGCCAAGGAGUUAGUCGAGGCCAAGAAGGAUAAGUAA